UCUAACCUACUACAGGCUCUCCAGUAUCAGUACUCACAGGUGCAGCUCUUACCUGACCUGGACGGGCAGGACACGGGCAAGUUCUGUGUCGUCAUUGAUUUAGACGAGACUUUGGUUCACAGCUCAUUUAAGCCGAUCGAUAACGCCGACUUUAUAAUUCCCGUUGAAAUCGAGGGGACGAUACACCAGGUGUACGUGCUAAAGAGACCGUAUGUGGACGACUUUCUGAGCAGGAUGGGGGAGCUGUUUGAGUGUGUGCUGUUCACUGCCAGCUUAGCCAAGUAUGCUGACCCUGUGACAGAUUUGCUUGACAAAUGGGGUGUAUUCCGCACCAGGCUCUUCAGGGAAUCCUGUGUUUUCCAUCAGGGCAAUUACGUCAAAGACCUGAGCCGCCUGGGACGAGACUUGAACAAGAUAAUCAUCGUCGACAAUUCACCGGCCUCCUACGUCUUUCACCCCGGCAACGCCGUCCCAGUGAUGUCCUGGUUCGACGACAUGUCAGACACAGAGUUGCUGAGCCUGAUCCCUGUGUUCGAGGGACUGAGCCAGGCCGAGGAUGUGUACACAGGCCUGGAGAGGCUAAAGGCCAGCUAGCAACCGGAGUGGAGGGGGGAGGCGAGAGGAGAGGGAGUGCGAGAGGGGGUGAGGGAGUG